UUCAAUUAAUUAUUAUCUUUCCUCCCAUCUUGGACACACUCUUAUUACUGUAUGUAGAUGUACUACUACAGAACAAAAGGCAAAAAAGAAGAAAAAAAAAGAAAAGUAUCAUACUUGGGAAUGACGUGAUAUGCUUUCCCAGUCUCCUCAGUAGGACACAGUACAGUUUGAUGGCUUGUAUCGCAUUGGAAUUUAAUAAAAUGGUUUAUGGGCCAACCAGAUGAGAGAUGUCGGAUAAUCUUUCCACGCCCUUUCUUUCUCUUUCUUUUCUUUCUUUCUUUUUCAUCUCUACAAUUGCCAUCUCUCCUUUUCUUCUAUCAAAUUACCUCCUUUUAAUAGGCACCGAAUUUGUUUCGCUUGUGACCCAGUUUCUCUCCUUCGUACAAUGCUGCUUACUUAGCUGCCUAGUUUGUAAUAAUCGACAUUACCUACGGGUAUCAGUGGCACUUACGUAUUGUCGUGGCUCGUGUUUACACGAUUAUGUACUCAUUCCCAGGCAUUCAGCCCAGUCAAGCUUCAUCCAGUUUCUUCCCCUGUAGUAGUCGAGCUCCUUUUUUGCUGCUAUUAAGCUCCAACCUAACUAGUUCUUCGGUCCAUCUCGGC